AGCACCAGAAUUUACAUGUCCGCUCGUCUAUUAUCAUAUAUCGAAAAAUGCUGCAGUGCAAAAUAUAUUAUCAUAUUGUGGCCCAUUGACGUGGAUAUGGAAUAAAUAAGCUAACCGGCGUUUCUGACUUUGGACUGAAGUUUGUGGACAAAUAGAACACCAUGUCUGACCAGGAGGAGGAAGUGAGAAUGUGUGUACCAAAGAAUCCCCAGGAUAGCUAUGAUCCUGAUAUGGACGGAGCAUGUGGGGGAGGCGAGCCUUUUCGAUCUCUGUCUCCUGGUAGUAACUCUGUUGACAACUUAAGCAUGGAGGUCCAGUUUGAGGAAGAGAGCUCUCGGCAUCCCAGUGAGAUCAGUUCUUUGUCCUACCAGAAUCUUUUGGAGGACGGGGAGGGUUCUGGACAAAUAUUGUCUCGGCAUGAAAGUGAGGACAGCAAUGAUUCCUUCCCUCCCGAUUAUAGUGACAAUUACUCCAGUGAAAAUGUAAGCCGAGGUCAAAAUCUUUCAGAUCUUCCUACAGAAAUCAAUGUGAAAUACAGAGAAAAGUUUAAUAUGGGGACUUCAGAAAGGACUGGAGACCUUAAGUUGGGUAAUAAUUUUAAAGUUGGUGAAAGAAAUGAAAUUGUCAUGAAUACGAUGCCAAUUAUUGACAGUCGAGAUAUGAUGGAAGAAAUUGAUUUGGAAUCAAAGGAUGUUGUGAGUAUGCACAAAGUUGAAGUAGAAGAAAUUCUGCCAAGGGAAAGAGUGAAAAAACGCAACAGCCUAGAAAUAAGAAAUAAUAUUCCUGUGGUCGGUGAGAUAAAAAGUUAUGAUAAGGAUUUAGAUCCCCAGACUUAUUCCUCACAAGGCGCUAAACCAAAAAUACGUAAGCAGUCCCCAGGGUUAGCAUGCCGUGUCGGGGAUGGAUCUGGGGGGAGUGGCAGUGACAGAGAGGGGUCCAACUCAGACCGGGAACUAGAACGACCUGUAAAAAAAGCAAACCUACAACCCAUAGGAAAUGCCCUGUAUCCACAUUCCAACACCUGUCCAGUACAUACUAGUGAUAAUAAGAUGAAAAACGUAGACUUAAUGAAUGUAGUUGUAAACCCAGCGAGUAGCAUAAGAUCAGCUAUAGAGGAAAUGUCCAAUGGCUCGUCGGGACAGGUGGGACCAGAUGUAGAAAACGAAUACGAUUAUGUUAAAUAUGCCCGAAUACAAGAUGGAGAUUCAUAUGUAGGAAUGCGACUGGCUUACUCAAGUACUGAUGAAGGAAUAAAAAGAAACAGUUUAGAGGUGAAUGGAUUUAGUAAUAAUUCUGUAAUUGAUAUAUCUCGUGAAGGAUCUCCAGAAAAGUCUUUAGUUCUUCACAAAUUGGAUUUCUCAGCUCCGAAUGUUCCACAGAAAGUAAAUGAGGAUACUCUUACAGAGAUUCCAUUGAAUACUGUAGAGAGUAUUCACGGGGAAGACAAACAAGCAUUUUCUCUGUCACCUGAGACGACAGAAUGUGAUAGUGUCGAGGUGGAGAGUGUGACAUCGGAUGGAGACAAAUCCAAUCUAGGUAUGCCAUUGGUUGAAGAUGGGCUGUCUAGCAGUCAGGCAAGUGACAACGAGGAUUAUGUUCCACCCUCCAAUCAGGUACCCAAGUCUCCGACAGCCAUGCUGAGGAAAAAACAAAAGUCUGACAUCGAACAGGAAAUGUUAACAACUCCGAAAGAGGACUCCAAGCACAAGCAGCUGGAUGCAGAGGCCAUAAUGGAGGAUUUAAAGGCAAAGAGGGAGGCCCUUGAUCUAGCCAUCCAUGAUAUCAAGUCAGCUAUACAAAACAGCAAAGGCAUUGCCCUUAAAUCACCCUUCAAAGAAAAUGCACAGGAAGAGGAGGAGCCAAUUUGGGUCAUGAGAGAGGGUGCUAACAUAGAAGGAAAGUCACAAAGUCAAAGGCAUGAAGGUGUUGGAUUGAGUCCCGGCACAGAUUACAGUCGAAAGGAACAAGAUAACGUUUACCAAAUGGAAAACGAAAAAGACCGAUUACUGGAGAACCAAUAUUCUAGAAACGAUGGGAAAUCGUACCAACCUCCUAGGGGGUAUGAUUCGGAUGACGAGGAAGAUAGCGACGUUAAGUACACACGCCGGAUCCUGGGUAAAAAAUAUGCCUCAUUACCUAAGGACGAUUCGUUUGAUCAACGUCCCACACAUAAACUUCCAUCACAAAAUGGGUCAGACCAUGACCACAUUGUUCACGGAAAUGGUAGAAACUCGCGUAGUAGUUCAGAUUCCCAUUCAUACAAAAAAGCUUAUCGUGUGAGUACAGGGUCGCUGGGGUCGGACUCGGAGGAUAUAGGCAGUGAAACAGAGGCACCUUCUAAGGCAUCGUACCUGAAAACCAAGACAGCUGGAGACUUUGACACGGAUGAAGAGACAGACAUACUACUACAGAAACAGUACCAGAAGGACCAGUAUGUAGAUAUUCCUGAAUUAAGCCAACCACCUGUUAACCGGAGUGCUCAGGCUGAGAAGCGGCGCUCUCGUGCCAAAGAAGGUGAGAAGGACUCAUUUUCGCUGCGUAAUCCCGACAACCCUGAAGUCUUGAUAGAAGGAGUACUUUUCCGUGCCAAAUACUUGGGGUCUACCCAGCUGAUCUCCGAAGGUCAACCAUCCAAGGCUCUUCGCAUGAUGCAAGCUCAGGAAGCCGUUGGCCGAAUCAAGGCGUCGACACUUGGUGCACUACAUUUUGGUGAAAAAUUUCAGGCACCGGAGGGUGAGAAUCAGCCAAGUACUGCUGUUGACCUGUUUGUAUCAACGGAGAAGAUCAUGGUCCUCAACACUGACCUCCAGGAGAUAAUGAUGGACCAUUCUCUGAGGACGAUAUCCUACAUAGCUGACAUAGGCGACAUCCUCGUCAUAAUGGCCCGACGCAGGCUCUUGUCAAGUCCAGGAGAGGAGAUAUUACACCAAAAGAAACAGGCAAAAAUACUCUGUCAUGUCUUCGAGUCUGACGAGGCCCAGUUGAUUGCCCAGUCCAUAGGCCAGGCCUUCCAGGUGGCGUAUAUGGAAUUCCUGAAGGCUAAUGGCAUUGAAGACACGGGACUAAUGAAAGAGAUCGACUACCAAGAUGUUCUCAACCAGCAGGAAAUCUAUGGGGAGGAGCUCAACCUGUUCUCAAACAAGGAAAAACAUAAAGAGGUCAUCGUGCCAAAACUAAAGAGUGAAGUAUUAGGGAUCGUGAUCGUAGAGUCUGGGUGGGGUUCCAUGGUCCCCACAGUGGUACUCGCCAACAUGGCUCCCACGGGACCUGCAGCACGGUGUGGGCAGCUCAACAUAGGGGACCAGAUUAUAUCCAUCAAUGGGAUCAGUCUGGUGGGACUGCCCCUCUCCGCCUGUCAGAACUACAUCAAGAGUGCCAAAAACCAGACGGUGGUCAAGCUGACCGUGGUGCCCUGUCCACCAGUGGUAGAGGUAUUAAUAAAGCGACCAGACGUUAAAUAUCAGCUGGGAUUCAGUGUACAGAAUGGAGUGAUUUGUAGCUUACUUCGAGGCGGAAUAGCUGAACGAGGUGGUGUGAGAGUUGGACACAGAAUCAUAGAAAUCAACAAUCAAAGUGUUGUAGCAGUACCACACGAAAAAAUUGUCUCCCUUUUGGCUAACUCUGUAGGAGAGAUCCACAUGCGGACGAUGCCCACCUCCAUAUUCAGGCUAUUGACUGGUCAGGAAACACCACAUUAUUUAUAGUGACAAGUUUUGUAGGUGUGUUUUUCGUAUCCACGACAAUGUGUCCAACUACAGCUGAAUUGUGAUUGUUGCCUGCGGGGAUUGCGUGGAUACUUCGUUUUGUGAUAAAAUUGUGCUGUAAUCGUCCUGAUCAAAUUCAUUUGGCUCUUACCUGGUACUGUAAAUGGUGUACAGGUGUAAAUUUAUAUUAUCCUGGCUUCCUCCCACUGCUGACAAACAAUCGGUAUAGUCACAUGUGAUUGUUAGCUGUUUAAGUGGGCUCCCAUCUUUCAAUUUUUCAACAUCUACGUUUUUGGAAACGGCUGUCUGGUAUGCUCAGAUGAUUAAUAUUAGAAAUUCUUAUUGAUUGAAACUGAGAAAUAAAAACUGACUGAACUGAUUAUAAACUGAAGCCAUUUGAAACCAGAAGCGGACGCUGAAAGCAAAGCUGAGAAAGGGAAGAAAGUUUUGGAAAUGGAAGGUUUUAAGGGUAAGGGGCCAUUUGUAGUUGAUUAGGGCUCUACAGUGCAUAACAUACACUGUGCAAUGACUUUAUAUAUAUAUGAACUCUUCACUAUGUGUAUUCUUUGGGACAGGGUGUUUGAAGAGAGAGAGAGAGCUCUGUAAGUCUAAUCGAAAUGUGUGCUACAUUGAGCAGAUUUAUGCUACUGUAAUUUUGGAUACAAGCCUGUGUAACUAUGUCCAAUAUCCUUGUUGAUAAUCAUUGUGUCAUAUAUUCAUAUUGUACCCUUCAUCUGCAGCGUGUGUUGUUACUACAUUACAUGUCUACAGCAUGUGUUGUCACUACAGUACAUGUCUACAGCGUGUGUUGUCACUACAGUACAGGUCUACAGCGUGCGUUGUCACUACAGUACAGGUCUACAGCGUGCGUUGUCACUACAGUACAUGUCUACAGCGUGCGUUGUCACUACAGUACAUGUCUACAGCGUGCGUUGUCACUACAGUACAGGUCUACAGCGUGCGUUGUCACUACAGUACAGGUCUACAGCGUGCGUUGUCACUACAGUACAGGUCUACAGCGUGCGUUGUCACUACAGUACAUGUCUACAGCGUGCGUUGUCACUACAGUACAGGUCUACAGCGUGCGUUGUCACUACAGUACAGGUCUACAGCGUGCAUUGUCACUACAGUACAUGUCUACAGCGUGUGUUGUCACUACAGUACAUGUUUACAGCUUGUGUUGUCACUACAGUACAGGUCUACAGCGUGUGUUGUUACUACAGUACAGGUCUACAGCGUGUGUUGUCACUACAGUACAUGUCUACAGCGUGCGUUGUCAUUGCAAUACAUACAUGCAUCUGCAGUGCGGAAGACUUGUCACAACUGUAGGAAAUGUCUUCAUUAAUCUGUCAUUUUAGACUCGUGUAUUGUCAUCACAAAUAAAUACAAUGAUGUUAGGAAGAUUGGAGGAAUUGUUUUCUCAGUUAUUAGGACAGUGUUUGAUGACAAUAUUGAACUUCUAUCCCGGUAACUGAAAUGGUAUUCGAGAACAUGUUAGAAACCUUGUUCUGGUAUACAAAUGGUGCCCACCUGUGAAUGCUAGCUUUAUCCUAAUUAUAUAUAAAAAAAACUAUAUGGACGAGUAUCUACGUAAAAACCUACAUAGAUCUGAAGUCUUUACUCACUAACAUUUAUACCAUAACUAUUCAAAAACAGCAUCUUUAUGUGGCAAGUAAAUAGGUCACCUCACCUGUCCAUAACAAGACGAGAAAGGUACCAUAUAACAUGGACCAUUUGUUGUGUAUAAACUUUCGUUGUUUUCAUUGUUGCUCUGUAACCCCGAAUAUAAAUGCAAAAAAUUAUGUACAACAAAUAGUGUUGUACGUAUUAUUGUUGCAUAGACUAUCUACCAAAGUUUGUACCCUAAAAAUAAUUUGAAAACACUCAACCAUGAAAAAAAGUACACGCUGACAUUUCAUGUUAUUUAUUGUAUGUCAUAUCUCUCGUUAAACAAUUUGAUGUGUUACAGCAUUGUGGUUCUUGUUAUUCACCGAUUACAUCAGAAUAGUUUAUCUUAGUGCUAAUUUUACACAAACUGUACGGUUUUUACCAUUGAUGGAGGAACAGCUGUUUUUGUCAUGACAGGAUUAUUUGUUCACUAAAAAUAUUAAUCAAUUAACCACUUAAAAUUUCUGCCAAAGUUAAAAUAUGUUAUGUAGUAAACUAACUUAAACAUCAUAACAGAAAGAUCCGAGCAGUUUCGGAUGUGUGAUAGUUAGUCUUAAUAUAACACUUUGAUUAAGGCUGUCUAACAAAAAUAUACCUCAUCUUAUUGCGCAUUUUGAUGUCAAAAUUCAUAUGAUAUCAUGGCAUGACCUUAAGAAAUAACCACAAUUUCAAGAUCCUGAUGUUGAAGGAAAGAAUUGUUUUUCUUUUCUGAAUAUUCACAAACAUAAACUAUAAUCUUGAAUUCAUUUCAUUUCACACACAAUUGGGAAACUCACCUAAAAGGUUUUUUUGCUGGGUCUAUGACCUCGUGUACAGCCAGGGUCAUUUUGAGGUUGGUUCUCCUUGUAGUAGCUGGUGCCUAUACCUCACUUAACUGGACAGGGCAUUCUGGUUCACACUUCCAUCCAGGCCAACAAGAGUGAAGGAUAUAAGUUCAUAUAACCUGUUCCACAAUUAUCAUAAAAUAAAUAAUGUUACAAAAUUGAACAGUAAUAAAAAUGUUCAGAAGUUGAUAUUUGGUUACCAGUAUAUAAUAGAUAUCUUUUGAAAAAGAAAAAAAAGACUUCUAUAAAAGAUAAGCCAAUAGAAAACCAGAAAACAGGAUUGUGUGGUGUUUGAUUUAAAAAAAAAUGAAAAUUUGUAAAUUCAUUUCAUUAUUCAAAAUUGAACAAUUUUUUUAAAGAAAAGUUUUAGUAAUAAUUCAAAUUGUUUUAUUGGAAACUUACAAAAGUUUUUAGGCAUACAGGUUUGACUUCCCUCUGGUAUUCUGUUUGUUCAAUGAAAAAAAAAACAAUUUUUUUUGUUGCUCUUAUGACGCUUUAAGGAACAAUUUUACAUUUCUAUAUACGUAUAUGUAUAUCCUGUAAUAAGCUCACAGGUUAUGAAAACUUUCAUCUAGAUGUAAGUGUUUUGAGCUGCUAUAGAUAGAUUUUACCAGGCAUGGGCUUAUUGUCAAACGAGCAUUCCAAGUUAUCUUCAUGACUGAUAUAUUUACUCAUUAGACCAUAUAUUACUCAUUAAUUAUGUUUUUAUUUCAUUGUGUUGUAUAUGUUUCAGUUUUGCAGAAUCAGAUCUCAAUUUUUUUUCUCAGUUGAAUUUAUUUAAUUCAUAGGUUCAGUAUAUUCGUAAUACCCGGUAGUAUUUUUCUGAGGAUCAAGUGUGAGAGUUGCCUCCCAUAUCAUUACUAAAACUCUAAAAUCAGAUAUUUGAAUGCAUUAUGAAGUCCCCUCAGAAGACUUACAUCAGAAGUGGGUGUUUAACUUACAUGACAGACAGAUUAAAACUUGUUGUUACAUUUGUAUACAGUGUUAUAGACUGCAUAGCUUUUUUGGCUGUUGGUUUUAUAAAGCAUUCCUUCAGUAACUAGUCUUUAACAAAGCCAUUACAUCAUUACAAUGGGGUGACAUAAUUAGGAAAAAUUAAAGUGUAUCACCAUAAUUAUGUAGUAUAAAUAAUUACCUUCUCAUAAUGUACAGCAUAAAGUACUCUGAUACAGAACCCAGACAUGUAACAGUCCCAGUCAAAUCACUGAACCUCUAAUGAUGUGACCUGCUGGUUACAGAUGGUACCACUUCACUAUCAUCUUUCUAAGUAGAACAUCCCUGUUCUAGGCCUGUGGUACCAUCCCCUUUCUCAGUAGAACAUCCCUGUUCUAGGCCUGUGGUACCAUCCCCUUACUAAGUAGAACGUCCCUGUUCUAGGCCUGUGGCACCAUCCCCUUUCUAAGUAGAACGUCCCUGUUCUAGGCCUGUGGUACCAUCCCCUUUCUCAGUAGAAUAUCCCUGUUCUAGGCCUGUGAUACCAUCCCCUUUCUCAGUAGAACAUCCCUGUUCCAGGCCUGUGGCACCAUCCCCUUUCUCAGUAGAACAUCCCUGUUCCUGGUCUGUGAUACCAUCCCCUUACUCAGUAGAACAUCCCUGUUCUAGGCCUGUGAUACCAUCCCCUUUCUAAGUAGAACGUCCCUGUUCUAGGCCUGUGGUACCAUCCCCUUUCUCAGUAGAAUAUCCCUGUUCUAGGCCUGUGAUACCAUCCCCUUUCUCAGUAGAACGUCCCUGUUCUAGGCCUGUGGUACCAUCCCCUUACUCAGAAGAACGUCCCUGUUCUAGGCUUGUAAUACCAUCCCCUUACUCAGUAGAACAUCCCUGUUCUAGGCCAGUGGUACCAUCCCCUUUCUCAGUAGAACAUCCCUGUUCUAGGCCAGUGGUACCAUCCCCUUUCUCAGUAGAACAUCCCUGUUCUAGGCCUGUGGUACCAUCCCCUUUCUCAGUAGAACAUCCGUGUUCUAGACCUGUGGUACCAUCCCCUUACUCAGUAGAACAUCCCUGUUCUAGGCCUGUGGUACCAUCCCCUUACUCAGUAGAACACCCCUGUUCUAGGCCUGUGAUACCAUCCCCUUUCUCAGUAGAACAUCCCUGUUCUAGGCCUGUGAUACCAUCCCCUUACUCAGUAGAACAUCCCUGUUCUAGGCCUGUGAUACCAUCCCCUUUCUCAGUAGAACAUCCCUGUUCUAGGCCUGUGAUACCAUCCCCUUUCUCAGUAGAACAUCCCUGUUCCAGGCCUGUGGUACCAUCCCCUUUCUCAGUAGAACAUCCCUGUUCCAGGCCUGUGGUACCAUCCCCUUUCUCAGUAGAACAUCCCUGUUCCAGGCCUGUGGUACCAUCCCCUUACUCAGUAGAACAUCCCUGUUCUAGGCCUGUUGUACCAUCCCCUUUCUCAAUAGAACAUCCCUGUUCUAGGCCAGUGAUACCAUCCCCUUUCUCAGUAGAACAUCCCUGUUCUAGGCCAGUGAUACCAUCCCCUUACUCAGUAGAACAUCCCUGUUCUAGUCAAUUGAUCGUGAAUUAAAGCCUUGUUCAUGAGUAGAAUUCUCCAAUCUCUAGUGACAUGGACGAGACUCUAUAGCCUAUGUAACAGCUGAGAGAUUGUUCCCAAGGAUUAUGAGUAUUGCUUUUAGUAUUAUUGGAAAGAUGCAUUUCUCAUACUGAAAAUGAUUCCUUAUCAAAACUCCAUUUUCCCUUUCAUUACAGUUGUAUCCUAGUCAUCGUGAAAUGAUCUAGGCUUGUGGUUGAUGUAGGUGUAAAGUGGCCUUACAAAGGUAGAAUGACCCUAGUAUUUAUUUGUGUUGUUUUAGAAGCCCCUUAUGUCUAUUUAUGAUGUAAUCCAUUAUCUUAUAUAUCCUGUAUAACAUUGACCACGAGGAAGCCUGUUGUUGUCCUUUCUCUGUAGAAACGUGGAUUAUUGUACCCAAAGAGAUCUUUGUUUUGUUUUAUUUUUUCGUUCAUUCUGUGAUAUGAUGUUGUCUUAAUUGUCAAAUUCCUUUAAGUGCAUGUAUUUGUAGGCUCUCAGUUUUCAAUAGGGCAAGUAAGUUAUUUUGAGUUAUUAUGCAGACAUGUGAGGUAUAAUUAGGUGAAAGUUGUACCUAGUAUACCAGAUGUGAACACCUACAAGCAUGUUAUGUUCCUUGAAUUUAAAAAGAAGUUUUUCAAAAACAGCUUUAGGUAUUACUGUGACUAUGUGAAUGUAUGAGAGUGUUGGAGUUGACCCACAAAUGUAAAUUAUAUACUUACUCGAUGGAGUAGAAACAUGCUGUAAAAAAUCACUACUAUAAAGUUGAAAUAGUGCUCUAACAGAUCUGAAUCAUUGAAAUCCAUUGAUAUCAACUGACACAAUUCUCUAAAAUAAUUAAUCCAUAAAAUAGAUGAAUUUCUUGUAUGACAAAGAAUUGGUGUCAGGUUGACUCAUUAAUGAACAUAAUUUGGUUGAUGAAGAAAAAAAGAAAGAAAAAUGUGAAAAUGUUUGAUAUAAAUUGAAGUAUGUAGCUUAAAACAUGACCAGAAGAUUGUGGAUACAAUGCCUUCAGUAUUGUGGGAAUUUCUUUGUUGUAAUUCAGCAAUUUAUCAUAAAGAUACUUGUCAUUGUCCAACGACGAUAAAUCAUGAUUUUAUAUAUAUUGAAAACAGCUGUUAUACAUGAUUUUUAUCUAGUCAUUAUUGAUUGUGUAACAUAUGUUAUUGGAGUGAGUGUUACUUGAUUGGAGAACUAAUUGUAAAACAUUUUACAGAGGCCAUAAUCGGGAUGUACGUUUGUAAACCUCUUUUGAUAAUGACGUAUGAAACAGAUGUUGUGUGUAUUACAAAUGGUCCACCUUUGUUGUUUUCGUAAUUUACCUCAGCGGUGAUAUAUAUUCAAUGAAAUGCAACAAUCAUGCUUUGUCUUCUCUGUUGUCUCUGUGUCUGUGGCAUAUCAUACAGUACAAAGUAUGGUUCAUACAAUAUUGAUAAUGUAUGGCAUUAUAGAAAGCAUGACUCAUACAAUAUUAUACAAAGUAUGACUCAUGAUAUUAUACAAAGUAUGGCUUAUACAAUAUUAUACAAAGUAUGACUCAUACAAAAUUAUACAAAGUAUGACUCAUACAAUAUUACACAAAGUAUGACUCAUACAAUGUUAUACAAAGUAUGGCUCAUAUGAUAUUAUAUAAAGUAUGACUCAUGAUAUUAUACAAAGUAUGACUCAUACAAUGUUAUACAAAGUAUGACUCAUACAAUGUUAUACAAAGUAUGGCUCAUACAAUAUUAUACAAAGUAUGGCUCAUACAAUGUUAUACAAAGUAUGGCUCAUACAAUGUUAUACAAAGUAUGACUCAUACAAUAUUAUACAAAGUAUGACUCGGCAUACGAUAUUAUAUAAAGUAUGACUCGUAUGGUAUUAUAUAAAGUAUGCCUCAUACAAUAUUACACAAAGUAUUAUUCAUGCAAUAUUAUACAAAGUAUAACUCAUACAAUGUUAUACAGAGUAUGGUUCUUACAAUAUUAUACAAGGUAUGACUCGUGUGAUAUUAUAUGAAUUAUGGGUCAUAUGAUAUAUUAUACAAAGUUUGGCUCAUUCAAUACUGUAAAAUCAUUUGAGUUCUGAAAUUCCAAAGAGAAAACAAUUUGAUCGCUAUAUAAUUUAUUGAAUUGAAAACAAAAGUAAAUACAGUGUAAUAGGUGAAGUUUUUCUUUUUUAUCUAAAAAGUGAAAACAGAGACUAUCUCUAUAUCAGAAUCAUAUUAACUUCAAAUUUAUACUGCAAGUCUGUUUGUCAUUACCAGUGUUUGUAUUAAUAUGUUGGACAAUUUACCCUCCAGCCCAAUAUUAAAUGUUGACAUGUAUAUUCAUCUCAAUGUUUUAAAAUUUCAUUGAUUUCUGAUCUGUGGAAAUAACAAUAUGUGUGGAUUAGCAGUGUCCGGGAAAUUGAUGGUUUUAGAGUAUUGUACUAGUCUCCUGUAAUAGUGUACAAUACAUGACCAAUAUAAUAUUGUACAAGGUACAACUUCUUGACAUACAAAAAUAAUUUAUAAGCUUAAUGACUGCCACUCAGUGCUAAACAAGUUAUCAUAAAAAACCCAGUAUACAUGUAAUGGAAGGUAUCAGGAUCAUACAAUGUUAUACAUUGUUUCAAUGUCAUACAACGUUAUUGUUUGUACAUGUGUGGUAUUAUAUUGUAUAGUGUUUACACUGUAUGGUGCAAAACAAUAUUACAUUGUAGAAGCAAGUUCUCCACUCUGUUGAGGUUGUAUGGCGCUGUAAUCAUUUUCUCAUUGUAUUGCUAUCCUGUACUUUCUGUAUCCGGGUCAUGCAAUAUACAGUUACUAAUACAUGUAUAUUAAUAUUAUGUACAUUGUAUAAUUGUGUAAUGCUGCAAUACAGGGUAGUGAAUACCUUGUAAUUAUACCAUGUCACCUCUAUACACUAUACUUUGUAUGUCAUAUGGUAAAUGCAUAAAUAUUCACUUUCUUAUGUAGCAUAUGACUUUAUUUUAUGGCAUUAAAAUAUUGAACAGGUA